AUGGCAUACCGCGACUACGACGGGCGGCCCCGCUACGCGAGCCGCUACGAACCGAACACCUCGCGGUCGCGCAACUACGAGCACGUCAAGGGCCCCGACUACCCCUACGAUCGCCGUCGCACCGACUACUCUGCGUACCACGCACCAGACCAACCAACCUACGACGACCGUUACGCCAAUGACACCGACUACACCUACGCCGCCUACGACUUGCGCGAUCGCGAUUGCUACCCGCCCACCCCGCCUCCAACCGCGUCGUAUCGCAUCCAACGGCGCCGUCGAGCAUCGUGGCCGCCGUGUCCCACUGCCGAGGACCUGGAUGUGGCCCUUGCCAAAGAAGUGAGCCAUGUCUUGCAGGACGGGAACCAUGGGGACGAGGCGCCCAACCGGGGCUGCAUUGACCAGGAACCCAUAAUGAUCGAGGUGGACGAGGAGAUGGCGCGCUUCAACCCGGAGCGCCGCUUUGUGCUGGUACCGGGAGCUGGUGGCGAGGAAGAAACGACUUUCGACGACGUUCGGAUUCGAGGGAGCAUGCGCCAACCCGCGGAUCGCCAAAAGGCACCGCCCUUGCAGACCGAUCUGCGUGAUCCACCCGUUGACACGGCACGUCCUCGCUCGCCCUAUUCAUCCAGCCGGAUCCCUAGCGACGCCAAACACCAGUCUUCCGGCGACUCGUAUCUCUCACCGAAGUCUGCGGCAUCCUCAACAACCUUCGGCACGGCACCAGGAGCUGGGUCAGACGCGAGUAGAAGCGCUGGCCACGCCAAGUCCCGGCCUGCUCCACUGCAAACAAAGUCGCUGUUCUCAGCUGACUCGCGGCGUGAGAAUGGUGUGUCCGACGGCUCAGACCUAUCUGCAGACGAAUCAGUCAAGUUGCGAACACGUCGGAGGCCGGCACGAUACUCGUUCAAUCCGGCUGAGUUGAGGAAGGAUGAUCUGCGCACAUCCUUGCACGACCUCAGCUCCCCGCCCGAGCGUGUUGCUUCACCCUACGCUUACGCUUCUGCCGACCUGAACAAGGAUGACAUCAAAAGCCCGCUGAGCGCUUCUGCUCCUGGGCGAGAUCGUAUAUCUUCACCCUAUUCCUACACCCCCGCGGACCCGAGGAAAGACCACAUGAAGCAUCCUGCCUUGGACACUGAGCCGAUUCGGGAGCGCAUAUCAUCCCCUUAUUCGUACAAGCCUUCUGACCUCAAAGAGGACAUUCGGAGCGUUCCAUGUGAACGUGACCCCAUGAGAGAUCGUCCGCCCUCGAGAUCUUCGGUCCCUAUGCAUGGGCGCCCCGCGACGCCUUCCCUAACGACGCCUCGCUCGACUCCUAAAGGCUCAGGGUCGUCAGCCGGGAACACGCCCUCAUCUCCCCAAUUCUUCAAUGACUUGCCAUGGGGUAGACCGAGACUAUCCCGCCAGACUACGGCCGAGACCCUGUAUGGAAGUACAGAAGAAAGCCAACAAAGCUCGAAAUCCUCCAAGCUCUCAUCUAGACCAUCUUCACCAAAGCGAAGGGAAACCAAGCUUCCGCCAUCGCCGCCUCGGUCUCCAAGGCCUCGGCAUCAAGAUAUGGAUGGGAGGAUCCGCAGUGAUCCUAGCUCCCGUCCGGGAUCUCUAAAUUCACGCACUGGUUCCCCCCUUCCGGAUGAUCAGAACUUUCGCUCCCCUUCUCCACGCAUCGAGAUCAGCACUAGCCGUCCUGAGCGCGUGUCAACGUUCCCUACUGCCAACCCUCCAAGGGAACGCUCGAGGCCUGUAUCACGACAGAGUCGUUACGAAUCGGCCUUGGCCGGUGAUGCUGACCAACAUUUAAAAGGAGCCCCUCCGAGGAUCGACAUACAGUCUCCUUCACCAGCCCGGCAUCCGGCCUCAAAGUCGACAACAUCGCUACCGUACCCUGUAGAUGACGGCCCAACGCUCAUGAUGCCUGAAGAACAAAGCUAUCAGUUCAUCACGGAGAGCCCGCGAAGUCCCCAAAGAACCAUUUCUGACUAUCAGCGUGGCCCAACGAUCGUACCAAUACCGAACCACGUGCGAGAGGAUGUCGAUGCUGCAAGGUCUCCCUUACGCCGUUCUUAUUCAGAAAGCAGUGUGCACACGGAGCGCACCGACUCACGCACGACGCCGUCCACUGUUCGAGGUGAUGAGCUGCUGAGAGAGGCGGUUCCAGAGAUGCCAGAACUGCCGCUGCCGCCCUGUCCACGCUCGACGUAUUCUACAAAGUUUCACGACUGGUAUACUCUGGACAGUGCGCCAUCAUUUGACAUCUGCCCUGAUUGUCUCGGAAAGAUCAUCGGCCGUUCCAUGUUCCAAAGGUUCUUCGUGAGGGCACCCUCAACGGACAUAGCAAAGAAGUGCCACUUCAGUUCCCCAUGGUACCGACUCGCCUGGCUGAUGACGUUGAAAGAGAAGCGAAGAGAUCUGGACCUGAUCUUCUCUUUAGCCUCGAUCACGGACACCGAGGAGCCUUGUCCUGGCGAGCACGAAGAUGUGCGAACGUGGUACGGUCUUCCGAACAAGCGAGGCAGCGACUUCAUCCCCAAUUUCCAUAUCUGCGAACGGGAUUUAUUGUACCUCGAAGCCCUCAUGCCUACACUGCAAGGCUACUUCCAGCGCAUCGACUCCUCGUCGGCACGGCUGUGUUCUUUCAGGAUGAAGAGCAAACGCUUCCCAGAAUACCUCGACAUGCUGCUUGAAAUCCAUGAAGGGGCAUUGAGGUCACGCAGCGGCACUGCGGAUUUCUCUCGGUUCAAAGAUGUUGUGAGCGAGCACGCGUGGAAGCGGGAAUGCUCACGCGACACAGUCUUCCUCGGUAGUCUUUGGCACACGUAUCCCGGCCUUCCUGAGUUCACCGUCUGCGAGGAAUGCUACGACGACAUCGUGUAUCCUGAUGUCAAGCGUGGUUCCAGACUGGCCGACGGGGUCACGCGCACCUUGGGAUUCGUUCCUAGUGAGGCGGAGCUCGUGACCGGUGAGGGCAAUUCGUGUCAGCUGUACAGCCCCCGCAUGCGCCGGAUCUGGGCACGCGCCGUCCAAGACGACAAUGCGGUCUACCUAGCGCGCAAGGUUCGCGAGCGGAGAAAAAUACAGCGUGAUCUCAACAGCCAGGAACGCACUCUGAGGCGUCUUUUGGAAGACGCGAUGCGCGAGCGUGAGUUUGGCUACUCGUACGUCAGCGGCAGUGUGAGCCAGAGUCUGGAGCCGGAGAGGCUCAGGGGAGAGUUGGAGAAGAUUCAGAGAGAGUGGAAAGAUUGGGAGUAG